AAAUGAAAAAUUAAAUAUGUUUUUUAAUUAUACAUAAAUUCGUCACAAACCCAAAUUAGAAUUUUCCCAAAAAUAUGAAAACACAAUAGCAACCCAGAAAACUAAGAAGAAGAAAAAAAAUGAACAAGGAAGAUGAGCACCUCUGUUGAGGGCAUUAUAUUAUUUCUAUGGCAAAUGUCAUGGUCAUCGUUUUGUGUUUAAUAUUUUCGAUUGUUGCAGUUGCUAUUGCGAAUCCUCGAACAGAGCUUGUAUAUAAAUUCUGCGGUGUGGAGCAAGCUGAUAAUGUUUCACAAUUCAACCAAAAUUAUGCGAAUGCAAUUGUAGCUAUGGAACCCGAGAUGAAAUCCAACAAAUUCUCAAUUCACGGAGAAGGAUUAGCUCCGAAUCGAAUUUUCGUUUUGGCUCAAUGUAUGGAUGAUCUAUCUGAAGAAGAUUGUCAGAUUUGUUUUUCUGCAAUCAAAACCCAAUUGCCUGGUUGUUUUCCCCAUAUCAGCGGUCGAGUUUUCUUCGAUGGCUGUUUCAUGAGAUUCGAGAAUUAUAGCUUUUUUUAUGAAUCCUCUUCUCCCCAUGACGUUAAAAGAUGCAGUGAUGCAGUGAACUUGAAGAAUGAUCAAUUUAGGGAUGUCGCUACCAAAGUCGUCAAGGAUGUGGUAACCAUGGCCCCAGUUCACGGUGGCUAUGCAGAAGGACGAAGGAAAACAUAUGGUUUAUCAGUUUAUGGCAUGGCUAUCUGCUGGAAUACUUUGGACGAAAAAGCAUGUUCUGAUUGCCUUACAAAUGCAAGCACAGCUGUUCUUGAUUGUUUGCCAUCCAUUGAGGCACGAUCCCUUAGCGUUGGCUGCUAUUUUCGUUACUCAGAAUUUGAUCUACCAAUGGUUCGAAUUUCUUUAAUUCUAAAGGUCAGAGCUAUUUUCAUGUACCUUGUAUUUAUUCUUGUUGCUGUUGGUGUAUGCAUAAUAGCUGUUUUGGUUGGAUAUAUAGUGGGUACAACUCUCCAUGAAAAAACAGUGAAACACCAGACGAAACAUAAUGGUGAUUCUUCGGAUCUUGAGUCAUCUGUUAUGAAAAGGAGCCUGCAUUUCAAAUAUUCAACACUAGAGAAAUCCACAGACAACUUCAGUGAAGAACGCAAGAUUGGCCAAGGUGGAUUCGGUGAAGUCUUUAAAGGGACUUUGCCAGAUGGUAGAGAAAUUGCUAUCAAACGGAUGUUUUUAACUACCGAAAUUCGGAAUGAAGAGAUAUCCAAUGAGAUAGACAUUAUUGGACAAGCCCAGCACCAGCAUUUGGUUCGUUUUCUUGGCUGUUGUUUCACUGCCGAUGACAGCUUUCUUGUAUACGAGUAUCUGGAAAAUAAAAGCCUUGAUCUUAUCUUAUUUGAUCCAAAGAAGAAGAAAGAAUUGGAUUGGAAGAAAAGGCUCAAAAUAGUUGAAGGGACAGCUGAAGGCUUAGAAUACCUUCACAAUGAUUGCCAAGUUCGAAUCAUUCACAGAGACAUCAAACCUAGUAACAUCUUACUAGACUCGAAAUAUCGUCCCAAAAUUGCAGAUUUUGGUCUUGCCAGGGUUAAUAUCAGGGAAAAAGGAAGUGCACCUCUUGUCAUUGCAGGCACAUUCGGAUACAUGGCUCCAGAGUACCUUGCUCAAGGACAAUUAUCAGACAAAGUGGAUGUUUAUAGCUUUGGAGUUCUUAUCCUGGAAAUAGUAAGCGGACAGGAGUUCAACAAAGUUCCAGCCGAUGACACUCUAGACACCCUAGUAACCAUUGCUUGGAAACAUUUCAAGGAGAAAAGGGCAUAUCGGAUAAUAGAUCCGAGCAUGGAAAUAGAAGAUGUGAAUGAAGUACUAAGGGUGGUUCAAAUUGCGCUGCUAUGUACUCAAGAGUCACCUAUUAUGCGUCCAGAUAUGUCAACAAUCAUUAAACUACUUACACAAAAAAACAUAGAAGUGCCUGUUCCUUCAAAGCCUCCUUUCAUUGAUGAUUCCGAACAACAUGGCUCUAUUCAUCAGCAUCAUCCCUCUGCAUCAUCAGUUGAUUCUUGCAGAUAUUAUGACACACACCAAGACAAUGGCUCUUUUCAUCGUUAUCGUCAUCAUCCUUCUGCAUCAAUUGAUUCUUAUUACGACACGGAAAGUGUUUUAGGAUGACAAUGGUGCUCUCUUUAUGGUCUAUCUGCAAAGACAGAGCUAGCCUCUAUUUCACACACAGCUCGGAUCAGAUAAUUUUGGAGAUUAUUACGAAGCUAUCCGCGUGUAAAAUGAAUGUAUCCAUUUUCCCAGCUACGCCCUAUAGUUGCAGUGCUUUGAUCAAGACCGGUUAAAUCCCGGAAUACUGCAAAGGCUGCUGGAAAGACCAGAUAAGUUUAUACUCCAUUAAGUUAUGUAUAUUGAUUGUGUAAAGUUUUUUAUAUCUUUAUAAUAUAAUUUUUUUACGUAUAGUAUAAGUGACCUUAGUGUUAUUUAACCUAUAAUGAUAAGAAAUUUCAGGUAGAUUGAUUUUAUAGUUCAGUACAAAUGUUAUUUUAGUUGUAUGAAUUUUGUAGAGAUCAUUCAAACCAUAAGGGGAGUAAUUUUCAGCAAACUCAAUUGAUAGAAAAUCCGUCAAACAACAAAACAAAAUUGAGUUUAUUUUGUUUGGUACUUUAAUUAAUAGACGUUGAAUAUUUUCUUAGAAAA